CCUUUUUUUUUUUUCUUCUUCAAACCCCCGCAAUCAAUCAUCAUUUCAUUAUUUUUCUUAAGCCUUUGCUUCUUUCAAUUCAUGUCUCUUUCAUGAUUAUUCUCUCUCAGUUUUUUUUCCUCCUUAGUAGCUACAAAAAUUUCACUCUUUCUUUCUUCUUGUUUCAUAAAGUUUCAAUUUUUUUGAAUUUAUUCUGACAUAGACCAUCACUUUCUACAGAUUUAAGCGCCCCAUUUAUUGUUCAACACCCAAUUUAUUAUCUUUCUGCGUAAACUGCAUUACCCUUUUGAAAUAUUCUUCUGGGUUGUUAAGGUCAAAGAGAAAGUUGACAUUUUGACUUCAAGUUUUUGGGUUUUUUGUUCACACAAUGAAGCUUGUGGUUCGUGUGAUUGAGGCAAAGAACUUGCCACCAAUGGAUCUUAAUGGGUUUAGUGAUCCAUAUGUGAGGUUACAGCUGGGGAGACAGAGGUUUAGGACCAAAGUGGUUAAGAAGAGUUUGAAUCCUAAGUGGGAUGAAGAGUUUAGCUUUAAGGUGGAUGAUCUUAAGGAAGAGUUGGUGGUUUCUGUUAUGGAUGAAGAUAAGUAUUUGAUUGAUGAUUUUCUUGGUCAACUUAAAGUUCCUAUGUCAACUGUUUUUGAUGAGGAGAUCAAAUCACUUGGUACAGCUUGGUACUCUUUGCAACCGAAAAGCAAGAAGUCCAAGAACAAGGAAUCUGGUGUGUGUUGUUUUGUUUACUUAAUUAACUUCAGUUUCCUUGUGUUGCAGACGUUCGUUUUGAGCAUAUAUUUUGAACUGAAAACUGCAUCCGUUGAGUCAAAUGUUCACGGUGAUCUAGUAUUCCAUCCAAGAAAAAGUGCUGAUUCUAUUACUGAUUCGCCUUCAAGGUCUUCCACUGGAUAUUCAAGCUCAUCUUCACCUGCAAGGGAUGAAGUUGCGUCUGCUAAGGAUGAAAAACCGAGUACUCAAAAAUCACUUACAGGGAGAAUUGCUCAUAUCUUCAAUAAGAAUUCUGAUAUGUCGUCAAGCUCGUCACAUAAAAGCAUUGACUCAGACCAACCUGAAAUUACCAAAGUGGAAGUUAGUGAGGUCAAGACCGAGGAUCAGUCUUCGGAGGAGACUUUUGAAGAAGCUAUGAAGAAAGUGCAGUGUUUAGAUCAAGGAAGUGAAAUUCCUAGCAACUUACCUGGAGGGUUGUUAGUAGAUCAACAUUAUACUAUUGCACCCGAAGACUUGAACGUGUUACUCUUUUCUUCCGAUUCUACUUUUCUCAAGUCACUGGCUGAUGUACAGGGUAGUACCGAACUUCAAGUAGGACCUUGGAAGUUUGAGGAUGGCGGGGAGAGCCUCAAAAGAUUAGUCACUUACGUCAAGGCUCCGAGCAAAUUAAUUAAGGCAGUCAAAGCCUUUGAAGACCAGACAUAUUUAAAAGCUGAUGGGAAGAACUUUGCUGUUUUCGUCGUUGUCAGUACUCCUGAUGUUGUGUAUGGGAGCACCUUUCGGGUAGAAUUACUCUAUACAAUCACACCUGGACCUGAGUUGCCCUCAGGAGAACAGUGUUCACAUCUGGUUAUAUCAUGGCGAAUGAAUUUCAUACAGAGCACCAUGAUGAGAGGAAUGAUAGAAAAUGGAGCUCGACAAGGUAUGAAGGAGAGUUUUGAACAGUAUGCCAGUUUAUUAUCCCAGGAUGUCAAACCUGUUGAUGUAACAGAACUUAGUUCGAGUAAGGAGCAAGCAUUGGCAUCUUUACAAGCAGAGCCGCGGUCAGAUUGGAAGCUGGCAGUGCAGUAUUUUGCUAACUUCGCAGUAGUCUCAACAGUCUUCAUAGGGUUGUAUGUGCUUGUCCACAUAUGGCUUGCUGCUCCGAGUAUAAUUCAAGGGCUUGAGUUUGCUGGACUUGAUUUGCCAGAUUCAAUAGGUGAAUUUGUUGUUUGUGCUGUCCUGGUUCUUCAAGGUGAACGCAUGCUGGGUUUAAUAUCACGCUUCAUAAAAGCCAGAGCACAAAAGGGCAGCGAUCAUGGAAUUAAAGCUCAAGGAGAUGGGUGGUUAUUAACCGUUGCCUUGCUUGAAGGAAGCAAUUUACAAACUAAUGAACACUAA